UUUUUGUAAUAGACAGUCAAGUCAUGUCUACAACAUUUAGAUAUUUAAUUAUUGUGAAAUACAUUUGUCAGAUUUGAUUUUGAGUGAAACAGUUAAAAAACAAUCUUUUAAGUGAUCCUGUUUUUUUUCCUGAGUUUUGUGUAUUUGCCCAGUAGCAAAUGACAGUCGUUUAUUUGAAAUGAGGCGGGCUUUAUGUGGUGAUUGACAGGGCAGCACCACUGAAGCAUCUUUGUAAACAAAUAUGGCAGCCGCCAUCAGAACGGAAAUGAACGAACUGGACGCUCUAUAUUGUAUUUUUAGAAGGACAAACAGCUGCUCGCACGGCUUUUGUUCACAGGAAAUAUGUGUGUGACAUGGGGGAAAAUAAAUUAUAGUAAAUGUAAACUGAAGUCACAGUUUUACUGCUGGUUGGGGUUGAACGUAUGAUUUCUAAACUAACGUGAGCUAAAAGUCCUCCUUAGCUGUUUGUGAUUUGUUGUCUUACUAUCCAAUCCCAUACAGACACAUGCUAGUCUGCUACUAAAUCCGAAAAAGUAUCUAACAAUUCAAGGCUAGGAUGAAUAAGCAAUAAAUGAUUUACUCUGUUUUUUAGAUAUUAUCAUAUGUAGUAUUGUAAUAUUCACAUACAUAUUUUAUAUUUUUCCACAUGUUUUAAGAAUAUUUGACAGAUGAAUAAAAUAAUAAUAGUAACAGUAACAGCCUUACCGUUUUGAUGUCAGUGUCCUCCCGCUCCGUGAUCUGCUGCUGCUUCCAUUGUCAAGGUGUUCAGAGUGGCUUCUUCGAAUGUGAUACCAAAGAGAGUUGUAAACUCGAUACUCUUUGACACAACCAUCAAUCCCGCAAAUGACACGAAAAUCUGGACUACGGCUAUGUGCAGAAUUAAUAUGACUCAGUAAAGAUUUGAGGGUUAGACCCACAAAAACAAAGCAAAUAACACAGCGCCAAAUCAUUUUCUGUACCCUUGUCUGAACUAAGCUGCCCGGCUUUUUGUCCCAUGAUGAACCGCGUUUUUUCCCGUGAACCCAAGAUUAUAUGGUUUAGUCCAUUAGGGGGUAAGACGGGCUUCUUAUCAUAAUUGUGUGCCUGCGAUAAAUAAUCAUACCCUACAUGACAUGUGUACGUAGAUAAAUAUUGACUGUAAUCUAAUUAAACAGUCUUACUCAUUAAAAUUUACUUGGGGAAAUGCAAAGUAUUUUUUUCGGCUGAUGACAUCCCCCCCCCACCCGCCUUUCUGGAGAAGAUGGUAUAGUCCAAUGUACUGCGCGCCCGGAGGAGAAGACCGUUACCGAAAAAAACGAGAAGAGCGCCGAGUGGAACAUGCAUAUGGGCAAGCAACGCAAACUGCUGCUGUUUUCAGGAUUGUUUGGUGAGUUCCAGUUUGUGGAUUCAAGUGAAGUCAAGCUAUGGAUACACUGGAUGAAAUUACAACCGCCACACUUAAAGAUGCAAAUAUUGGAGAAGACAUACUGCCUUCACUCUCCAGAGAUGACAUCAAAGAUCUGUUUCCUGGUCCUCAAAAUUUCCUCAGGCGUCGGGCUCUAUGGCUUGUGGUAAAUAAACAAGAGGAAGAGACUCAUGCUGAGAAAGUACCACCAUCAACCACUAGAGCCAGUGACCUCUCCCAAGAGGAGCCCAACACUUCGAAGUUUGUGACGAUAUCCAACCCAGAAUAUAUAGUCUUCACAGACAGUGAGCUUGAACAAGCACGGCGCUACUACUUUGAGCAGAAACGACUGGGGACAGACCACGUUGAGCCUUUAUCAAAGGACCUCUUCUGCCGACUCAUCAGAAACACAAUGACUAACAUGAUUUCAAUAGCAAGAGCCACUGAGGACUUCAGAUACCCCAGCAAACAUGAGGUGAAUGCUAUGGCGAAGCGAUUGGUGGAGUACUACCCGAUGAUAACAGGAAGGUGUGGUGAAUGGGAGCACGUUGCUAAAAAGCUCAUGAAGAGACUCUCAAAUGUCAAAAGUCCAAGAAAGGCUAAGGGCCCUCCUUCCAAGAAGCCACGACAGGAUGGGGAUGCAGAUGCUGCAACAACUGACUACGAUGGAGAUUCCAGUGGAUCAACUAUUAUUUUAUCACCUGCUCGAGCCAGCACCCCAGUGGAACAACAGGGUAGCAGUGAUGAAGCAUCUCCUUCAACUGACUUCUACAGCAGCCAGAAAACCCAGGCAAGACACUACAAGACUCUCCAACAAUUGUACAAGACCAAGAAGCCGAACAAAGCUGCAGUGACCCAACUAAUGGACCUGGAGUUUCAGUCUAGAAGACUCUUCAUAGACUCCGAUGCUGUAAAGGAACAAGACAGACCAACAAAGAUUCUCGAAGCUUACCCAUGUUUCAGAGAAGUGGAUCAUGUUUUGGAUGAAUUGCGGAGAAUUAUUCAACCAUCCAAUUCCCGGUACAUCUCUGAGAUGAAGGAAAGAUGGGAAAACUUCUACUCAAAGGUGCAGUUCUAUGGUGUGAUGAAAAAACUCGUGAAGCCUCCAAACACAUUGAAUGGAGUGGAGCAUGCCACAGCUGUAUUCAGAGCCCUGCCACAGCUCUUCCCAUCCAGCACUGUGCCUCCUAAGAAGUUGGGUGCCAGCAGUGAGGCUCUUUUCCAUGUCCUUACGACUUCAGAAGACCCUGAUUGUUUCCUGCGCCAGCGACCUCUGUCUUGUCCAUUUGUGCUUGUCUCUGAAGACAACUGCAUGAUCGCCGUGGGAAGCACACCAGUGACUACGUUCGACCGGGAGGAUCUUUAUGAGGGACUGCUCUAUGUCAUGGCAUAUUAUUAUGCCCUCCACCUCACGUACCCAAAGUGUAUUUCCACACUACUGUCUGUACUGCAAACUGAAAUUCUUCAAGAUUCCAUCCAUGACCGAGAUUCAACCCCCUCCUACAAAAAAGCUCUUGCUGAGUGGAAGUCAUUCAUUGAGUGAGUUUGUCUUUUCUUGUUUUUUCCUUCUCUAUGCCAUGAAGGUGUUUCAAAAAAAGUUAGUCAAAUGUUAGCCACAUGUUUGUUGGUGUCAUUUUAAAUUAGUUCUUCUGAGAUACUUUGCAAACCAGCAGUGGGAAUGUCUUUUCUUUUAACAUACAUAUGGUGCUGGAAUCCUUUUUGACACUGGCAGCUAGAAUGUUACAUAAUUGUUAUGUUGCUAGAAUAAUGGAAUACACACUUUUUGACAGUUGCAGUGUUGUAUCCUGUUAAAAUAUCUGGAAUAAGUACUUGUGACUGACAACGUUGUACUGUAUAGUACUAUGUUAAAGUAGUUGGAAAAUGCACUUCUUGAGAGUGGCAGUUGGAUUUAUUAUGCAGUUGUUGGACUUGAGUGAUGUCAAACUCAGCUGUCCUGAUUUGCUUUAGUAAAAAAUGAAUAAAUGAAGAAUGCUUCUGGUGACUUAAUUUAAGAAAAAGUAGCUUGUUUGUCGUAUCCUUUUGGAAGAAAUUGUGUCUUAUACUAAGCUACUUUUAGCUAAUUAUUAUUCUUAUUGUUGAGGUAUAAUUUCUCAAAAUCAGUUCAAUCAAGAAUGAAAAUGUUCUGUUUCAAGAAAAUUUGUCCUAUUGUAAGCUUUUUUUAUUAACUGAAAAUCUUAAUUAAGGUAUAAAUUCUUAAGUUAAGUAAAACAUUCUUAAAGUCAGCUUCAUCAAGACAGCACAACACUUAUUUUAAGUAAAUAUUUCCUACAUAAUAGAGUUUAUUUGCUUGUUACAAGCAAAUUUUUUUUACAUUUUGGACAAUUUUUUCUAGUUUUAAGACACAAUAUGGUCUUAAAGUGACUAGAUUUAUAGUCUAGUUUUAAGAAUUCUAGCCAAGUAAAUUUUGCUUACCCCAUUGGCAGAUUUUUUUGCUCAAAACAAGAAAAUUUGACCAGAUUUA